AAGAUCUUUGAUCUUGCGGUAGAUUCUCCUUAUCGGAGAAUCUAUUAAACAUCCUGGUUAUUUUGGGAUGGGAUCCGUGGAGUAUGAAACGCCAAGAGGGUGCACGCACAUUGCCAUCUUGGCGUCGUCUCAUAUCAACGAUUUGUCGCGAUGUGAAUAGAUCCUCGAGAUCUCUCUUUUUCUCUAAAUAUCAGAAAUCGUCAUAAUGAAGCUCCAACGGCGACACAUAAUAAUAUUACUUAGCAUCAGGCCGGUAUGGCUAACGAAGGGCGUGUUUGGCCAAAGGAUACGAGUAGAGGACCCUAUGCGCCCGGUUAUAGAGGACGGCGCAACAUUGGCGAGACAAGAAGAAUAUCUGCCGGAGGAAGCUAUGGUAGAAGAAGUUGCCACGUCGGACAUUCCGCAAGUCUCGAGUGUGCCAGAGCUCUCCGGCAUCCCGCAGGUCGACGUAUAUCCACCGAACGGUACUACUGCGAUUAGCAACCCAGACAAUACUCCGACGACCACCGCAAAUGCUGGCCAACCUCAGCCAACGGAGCCAAUUGUCGGCAUAUCUGCGCUCCUAUUCUCAGGGCCUCCAGGCCCCAAAGACUGUCGCGGGAAUGUGAUGAUGAAAGUUCGUUUGCCUAAGCCCGGAUCGCAACAUUCAACCGCGAAGUGCUACAACGUGCCGGGCAUAGCGCAGUGUGCGACAUUCAUCGCAAACAUGGAUGACGGGUGUCAGGCGCGUUUGUUCAAUGAACCGAAUUGUCUCACAUUCGCCAACCUGGCUGUAUUCACCCCGGAACAGAAGGCAGUUGGCGGCCUUUUGAGAAGUAUCGAAAUCAAAUGUGGAAUCAAAGGUAUAGCGCCACCACCGUUGAAUCUCCCCGGCCUAAAACUACCACCAAAUGCCCAGCAAGCCGUCGGAAAGGUGAGCCACAACCAUGGUCUUGGACCCGAAAUUAUCGAAAGGAUGAAAGCUGACUGCAAAUAGUGAACAUAUCCGGGUAGCAUUGAAACCCAGUUGACAAAGGACGCCCGACUUUUCUUACGGCCUCUUAAAGUAAGAGUGGCUGGACGUAAUGCGGAGAUAUAUCAUGAUGGCGACCUAUUAGCGAGGCCAAGAGGAUCUCCGGAGGCCAGCUUGCAGAUAUAUAAGAUCAUAACCACAUGACGGACUCAAUAGCAUCUCUAGUCC